AUAAUAUUAAAACCGUGAUUAAGGUCACCUCGAUCCAAUUAAACCUUCUAUAAAAUCCCUCACAACCCCCAAUACCUUUGUCACUUUUGUGUAAAUCUCUCAAAAUGCUACACAACUUGACCGCCACACCUUUCCACCAAGCUAGGUAUAACAAUGGAAACCAUGGCCAACCAUCUCGGUUGGAACGUCCCCAAAGACGAACUUAUUCACAUACCCCAACAUUGGCUCGUAUACCCCGAACCAGAAGCCUCCAUGCACUUCCUCCUAGCUUUAAUCUACAUCGGAUUUUUCAUAAUGGCAACGAUCGGAAACGGACUCGUCAUAUGGAUAUUCUCAACAUCAAAAAGUCUACGUACAGCCUCCAACAUGUUUGUGGUAAACCUCGCCAUCUGCGAUUUCGCAAUGAUGAUCAAAACUCCGAUUUUUAUCUACAAUUCUUUUUAUCGUGGGUUUGCUUUGGGACAUUUGGGCUGUCAAAUUUUUGCGUUUAUUGGCUCGUUAUCGGGAAUUGGGGCCGGUAUGACAAAUGCGUGCAUCGCAUAUGACCGAUAUACCACCAUAACCAGGCCAUUUGAUGGUAAAAUCACAAGAACCAAAGCUCUGGUUAUGAUUAUUUUUGUUUGGGGGUACACCAUUCCGUGGGCAGUGAUGCCACUACUCGAAAUUUGGGGCCGUUUUGCUCCAGAGGGGUUCUUAACGGCCUGCUCUUUCGACUACUUAACCGACACCUUCGACAACCACAUGUUCGUCACAUCCAUAUUCAUAUGUUCCUACGUCAUACCUAUGUCAAUGAUAAUUUAUUUCUACAGCCAAAUUGUUAGUAAAGUGUUCAGCCACGAGAAAGCCCUUCGAGAACAAGCAAAAAAAAUGAACGUCGAAUCGCUCCGAAGCAACCAAUCACAACAAGCAAGCCAAUCAGCCGAACUAAGAAUAGCCAAAGCUGCUAUUGCCAUUUGUUCGCUAUUUGUAGCCUCCUGGACCCCAUAUGCUGUUUUAGCUCUGAUUGGGGCCUUCGGAGACCAAUCUUUGCUCACGCCUGGAGUCACGAUGGUCCCGGCUUGUGCAUGCAAGUUUGUGGCGUGUUUGGAUCCUUAUGUGUAUGCCAUAAGUCAUCCAAAAUACAGACUUGAGUUGCAGAAAAGAUUGCCUUGGCUUGCGAUUAAAGAAACAGCGGCGAGUGAAACUCAGUCAACGACCACAGAAAAUACCACAACUCAAAGUGCUACGACUACGACUUAAAAAUAAUUUAUUACAAAAUUACCAAAAACAACGAACCGCGAUGAUUAUGGUCAAGAUUUUGGAAUUAAUUUUUAUAACAAUAAUUAUAGUACUUACUUACCUCUUCAGUUUUGUGUUAAAUCCUUCUUGCUUUCGAAUAAAUUCCUGAUUAAGUGA